AAGGCUUUUUUUUGUCUCUGUCCCCGUUAUGUGAUCCCCACCUGCCUGUGCGUCUAUGAAGAGGAGAGGGCGGAAGCGAUGGUGAAGUAGCGCGGGAUGCUGUGGAGUGAAAACAUCGUGGGAGGAAGGCUCAGAGCGAACCAGCGGGUGGUGAAACGCGAAUGGCUUCGCCAGAGCUGCUUUCUGCGAGAGGCAAGCAGACCGAUCUUCCGGACGUCCUUGACCGGGUUUCCAGCGCGCUGCUGCAUGCCCGAAAGACGGGUGGAUCAACAGGAGGAGCGCUCCCAGAGGAGGGCGUCUGUAACCCGGCCCGCACCUGCCAUGGCCGGUGUCAUUCAGCACCAAGGACGGCGCCGCGCAGGGGAGGCGCAGAGGUUAAACUCGGUCACCUCGGCGAGGAGAAAGUAAAGGUUUGUUGCGACGAGGAAUUAGAGACAUCCUUCACCUAUAUUGAUGAGAAUGUUAACCUGCGACUGGCCAGCCCGGACACUAAAAGUACUCACAGGCCCGUGCGCAACGGCGAGCCUUGCUCUGAGACUUUACCGGAGUUUUCCUUCAUGUCCGAGGACGACCUCUCCUUCGGAGAGGGCCCCGGGACUUCUAUAGACUACGGGUUUAUCAGUGCAGUCACGUUCUUGGUGACCGGGAUCUCCUUGGUGAUCAUCUCCUAUGCGGUGCCUCGGGACGUGGUGGUGGACCGUGACAGCGUGUCGGCGAGGGAGAUGGAGAGGCUGGAGAUGGAAAGCGCGCGGAUAGGGGCCCACCUGGAUCGGUGCGUCAUAGCGGGGCUGUGCCUGCUCACGCUGGGCGGCGUGGUGCUCUCCACGCUGCUCAUGAUCUCCAUGUGGAAGGGGGAGAUGUACAGGAGGAAGGUCAUUGCUUAUUCCAAGCGCUCCGCCAAAUUGUACGGCUCCAUCAGCCUGAAAACUAGAUCCAGCCCCAGCCACUCUUCUGCGCACUUGUCCCUGGAGGACAUAGAGGAAACUUUAGCUUAAAAUGCUCCUCUAUGUAUGAACCCUUUGUGUAUAACAGGAAUUAAUGCCAUUCACACACAUUAUCUAACAUAGUGUAGCCUAAAACUGUAUUUAUACAUUCAAAGUCUGCAACAUGUUUUGUCUCAUACUGUAGAAAUAGCUUAAAUACUGUAUUGUGCAUCCACGUGGCAAACAGAAAGGAGAAGAAAAACACUCAAAUGCAAAGUAAGGAAUUGCCAGAAGAAAAAAAACAUCAUGUUUUAUCUUGGGCUGCAACUAACGCUUAUUUUCAUUAUCGAUUAAUCUGCAAAUUAUUUUCUUGAAUAAUCGCUUUGUCUUCGAAAUAUCAGAAAAUAGUAAAAGAUGUCCACCCCAGCUUCUCAAAGUCCAUGGUGAUGUCUUGCAAUGUCUUUUUUUGUCAGUCCAAAACCCAAAGAUAGUCAUUUUAAUAUGAUAUAAAACCUACAUUCAUACAUCAGGAAAUCUCCAUAUCUGAGAAGCUUAAAAUAUUUUCUUCCUUUUUAUGCAUGAAAAAUUACUUUAACGAUCAAUCAAGCAUCAACAUAGUUAGCGAUAAUUAUGCUGUCGGCUAAUCGUUGCAGCUCUAGUGGUAGCAAAUAGUUUCCCAAUGACUUACAAUGGCUCCAAACCACAAAAGUGACUCAAGAGAAUGUUAAUAGCUUUGUGUCACAUACACGAUCACGUUUUUUUUUGUACCCAGGAUGCAAUCUCUGAGAGCUUCCAUUUAUUAUUAAGGCUAUUCAUAUUUAAUGUGACUGUCUCCAACAGCAAAAUUGUGCACAGACACUUUUCAGGAAGCGAGGGGAAGUGUGUGUCCGCAGGGCAGGAGAGUGGAGGAGAGAUGUAAAGCUGUCCCUGUCCACUGUGAUGUGGGAGCAUCAGCUCAGUGGUCCACAUAGUAAUAUCCAGUGACAGUCACUCUGGUACAGUGCUGAGGUAAGCCAGUAAGCCCAGCGUCGUGCAUCCGAGCCAACGCUCCACAUCGGUUUGUUUGGAGUGAGCAAUUUGACUGCAUUUGACUGUGCCGAAACACACCUCUGCACUGGCUUCCUCCUUUCUGCUCUCCUCCUCCUUUUACCUCCAUCUUCUCUCUCCCACAGGAGACUUUCCUUUCUCCUGCAGUGUUUCAGCGCUCACCUCAACCUAUGAACACUUGUAUAUUCACACUAAAAGUAUGUGGAAAGGGUCCUGGACGACCACAGCCAAGUGCCUGUGACAUUUCAAGGUUGACAAGCCUUUUCCUUACCUGCCUCCUCUCAUUUUCUCUACGUGAGGAUGGACUUAAGAACGCCUAAUCACACAUGAAAGAGUUGCCCCACUUCCCAAAACCUUAAGCCUUCACUACUUCAAAGAGCUAAUUACAUUAACAAAGUGAGGUAUCAUUCUUUUUAAAAGGGUAUAUUUGAUGUCAUCGCGGUGAUUCACCGAAUAAAAUAUUGCUGAUGACACAAAAAGCUUAGGAAAAGAGGUUUAUCAUGUGCAGACUUGCUAAAAAAAAUGUUAAUGCCCAGACAAGUUACAAAGCAACUUCCUGUAACAUUUUCUAUGGUGCCUGGGUCUAUAAUGCAUUAAACACAUGCUUAUAAUGCAUUAUUAUAUGCUUAUAGUGCUUUAUAAUUACAAUUAUAAGCUCUCAUGAAUAUUCAUAAUGCUUUAUACAAAUAAUCACAACACGUUAUGAAGCAUUUUUGAAUGACGGAAAGGUCAAGUAUCAUAAUACUUCAUAAUUGUCACUUAAUUCUAACAAUGAUCAUAGUGUAUUGUAAUUUUUUGAUAGUUGUAAUACAUUAUAAUCACUGUGAUAAUGCAUAAUAAUAUGAUUAUUAUAAGUGUUCAUUGGGUGCUUUAAGUGAAUAACAUUCCUGAGAUAUAGGCAUUUAUAAUACAUUACAAGCUGGUUAGAAGUUACUAUAAGUAGUCAAUAUUUGCUUUAAGUAAAGUGAAGAAAUAUCAUAAUAUCUAUGCAAGAGCAACACGCAAAAUGUUGUAAAACCUAUGUAUUUGUCAGAACAGAAUUUCCAAUUUGACACAACCUUUUGAUGAACAACAACUGAAUAAUGGACAUUUAAAUUUCGCUAAUGUAAUGUUUCCUCAUAAAACAGACUUCACAGUGAAAAAGGUUUAAACCUUUCCUGUAGCUGUAUAUUUUACUUUUAUGUAAACGUUUAUUCACCAAAUGAUCAUUAUAAAAUAUUUUACAAUAGGUUAUAAUUAUUGCAAUAAAGCAUUAUGAAUAUUUAUGAGUGCUCAUAACUAUUUAUAUACAGUGUUAUGAACAGAUAACACAUUAUAAUUAUGUUUGUAAGGCAUAGGUGUGAUAGAAAGAUCUAGAUUUGAGUUUCUGUCUUUGCUCAGGCUCUUUCUCCCAUGCUGUCUGAAGAGAAGAAAGAAGAAUAAAGAAUAAAUAAUGCCACACAAUUCUCUUUAAAAACAUUUUUCAUGUAGGCUAUCCUAUAGGCUCAUGAAUCAUGCAGGAAGCACUAGAAUGAAUUAUUUGCAUAUAUUCAUGUACACAGCCAAAGACAAGCGUUAAUGAUUCUUAUGCAGUGUCACUGUUACCUUGGUUUCUGCUCCUUUCAUUUCUCAGGCUUUUAGUCCUUUUCCAAGGCUUAUAUUCAGAACAACAUGAGUGAGCCACUAAUAAUGAGAUGUGUAGGCUGAUUGCUCUAUGGUAAACAGCUCGAGGCCACAGCGCUGUUGUGUUUUCCUUCAGUUGCAUUGCUUCUUUGUGUACUGUCACAGCCAGUCCAUUGCACAGACUGAUGAACCAGUCAAGUGAAAAGACUGGAUCACGAAAGAAGUAUCAAGCCGGCAUUAUCAUUCAAAAAACAUUUGUUUGCAGCAAUGAACUAAUGCAAGUUUGUGUUAUUACUGUAUCAUCUUCUGUGACCACAGAGCCGACAAGUGUGUGUGCAUCCCUGAAAAACAGCCAUUACAGUACGUCCUGAAAUGGCAAUAAAAUGCCCAAUGAACAGAUUUCCAGUAAAGGUAAUAAAAAUUAAUGAACCAUA